AUGGGUGACGGACCGGCACGGCGACCUAGCCACGGCCCUGUUUCCGUCCCCAGUAUCUGCAUCAGCAGCGGCAGCAGCAGUAACAGCGAGGACAACGAUAGCGGUCAUAAUAUCAACAAUAGCAACACUACGCAGGGGGACGCGGGCGGAGGCGGCGCCGGGCGCGGCAGCAGUAUAGCACCAGCCACCGGCUUCCGGCCACAGGCGAUACGGAUCCAGGAACCAGCGGAGCGGCGGCCUCUCCUCCCGCAACGUGCGGCCUUCCCGCACAACCUGGACCGCGAGGUCUUCAGCUGCUACAGCUACGGCACGGGGCCCGGCGCGUCCGCGUCCGCGUCCGCGUCCCCAAAUGGCGCCCACCGGCAUCUGCCCGUCUACACCAAUAUCCAUCGAAUCCGCCGCGACAUUAUCUCGGUCGUCGAAGACUACCUCUCGCUUGACCAGCUGCGCGACGUCCGCCUCAACGUGUCGGUCAUCCGGCCCUUGGUCGACAAGCUGUACGAGCAGGACGACAUCUCGAUCGUCUACUGCCUGCUCGUGAACCGUGCUCAGUUCCUCGCCGAGCAGGCGCACCUGAGCAACCGGCAGAAUGUGAACUACACACGGGCGAUGCUGUGCGAGCUGAUUGCGACCAGGAUACUGAGGCGCUUCAAUGAGGACAACGAGGGGCCCGAGAACCUGCUGGUGCUAGCCCAUGUGCUGAUCGCCGGCUUUGAGCCGUUCCAGAACGCGCCCGACGAGAUCAGGCGGGAGGUCGGGGCGUCGACGGCGCAUCACCGGACGCUGCCAGCGUUGGAGGUGGCGAUUCUGAGCGAAAGCCGCAUCUUCCUGGCGUCGACGAGUUGCCAGAAGAUCGUGGAUGCCAUCUACGAGGGCCGGGUCAUCUACACGCCCUCAAGCUUCAUGGACAUCCUCCCCGACCGCUACAAGCAGCGACCUAUUUCACUGUACAACCCCCGAGAGGCGUCCCUCCUCAACCAGUACCGCCUGGUGGUGCCGAGGACGCGGAAUUACCUCGAGCUUAUGCAUUUUGUCGUUCUCCUAGGCUUGUAUCUUGCCUUCAUGAGCGAGAGGGACGCGGAGCAGUUCAGCAAGCUCGAAGUCUGCUUCACCGUAUACGCCCUCGGAUGGGUCUUGGACCAGUUCGCCACGCUCCUGGAGCAUGGAUGGGACGUCUACGCGCAAAACCUGUGGUCCUUUCUCGACGUCACGUUUGCCGUCAUCUACUGGGUCUACCUCAUCAUCCGCAUCUACGGCUGGAAGACAGCGAGUCUUGAGGCCGGGCAGCAAGCCUUGGACGUGUUGGCCAUGGGAGCGCCCGUGCUUGUCCCGCGGCUGGCGUUCAAUCUACUCUCAGACAACCUUGUGUUCCUGUCGCUCAGAUCUAUGAUGUCCGACUUCGCUCUGCUGUCAGCUCUGGCUGCUUGGUGCUUCCUUGGCUUCUUGCUGUCGUUGUUCUGGCUUGGAAACGGUGGUUUUGGUCCCGCAACCAUCAGCAAGUGGAUGAUCUACAUCUGGUUCGGGCUCGAUGGGUCCGGCAUCCAGCAUUCUACCGAGUUCCACAAGAUCCUCGGACCUUCUCUCAUGGUCACAUUCGCCUUCCUCGGCAACACGCUUUUCCUGACCAUCCUCGUCUCCAUGCUGUCCACGACCUUCAGCCACAUCGUCAACAACGCGCCCGCCGAGAUACAGUUCCGCCGGGCGGUCAUGACACUCGAAGGCGUCAAGGGUGACGCCAUCUUCGCCUACCCGCCGCCCUUCAAUAUUCUAGCCAUCCUCCUCCUCGUGCCGCUCAAAUUCUGCGUCUCGGCCCGCUGGUUCCAUAAGAUCCACGUCAUGUCGGUCCGUCUCAUCAACCUGCCUAUCUUGCUGGUCAUCGCGCUCGCCGAGCGCCGCUCCCUCUCGCCUCACAAGCUGCCCGCCCUGUCGCCCGCACCCAGCGUUUCCAAGGGCCACACCAUCACAAUCCGCCGGCGGUUCUGGGAGCGAUGGAGGAUCACCAGCCAUAGCGAUAUCUCCACCGUGUUCGAGGUGCCCGUGCCGGACUCGGUGCUGGGAGACGUUGCCGCAGACGAUGACAUGACGCGGCACCUUAUUCGCAGGCAGUUUACUCCAACAGCGCGCGGAUUGCCGAUCGUAGAGAUCUCCAGUCAGCAACGACCUCAGCAACGACCUCAGAAACCAUCACAGCAAGCACAGAAACUACCACCGCAACCGCUAUCCACAUCGCCUGAGCAGAUCAUACAGCCGCCAGCCACGCCGCAGCAGGGCCAUAGGGUGCCCAGCAGGCGCGACAGCAUUGCGCCAUUCCCCGGGCUGAGGGCCGAGCUGCAGGAUGUGUUGCGCGAGAGCGACGAAGUGAGUGACAUCGCCUCGCGGCUAGAAACGUUGGAAGAGCGCAUGCAGCGGAUUGAGGGGUUGUUGGAGAAGUUGGUGGGUGCACACAACGGGAACGUGGGGUCAAGCUCAGGAGAGGAGGGUGUGGAAAUGAUGCCUUCGAGGAGGCGUCGGAAGUCGGUAGCGGAGUUGAAUAGAGAGGCUGAAGAGGAGUGA